CUGUGGCAGCUCGGGACAGGCGACUUGAAGGGAUGGUGAGGACAUCAGUAUCAGAUGCUACCUGGGCAGCAUACGGUAAGGUCUGGAAGGACUGGCAGCAACUGAUGCUUUGGUCGGGGGGCACAUUUGCACCGGAAGAAAGGAUGGAAGCACUGUUAUGGUGGUUGUUCUGGAAAGUGGAGGAAGGCAAAUCAGCAGCGACCUUAGAGAAGGGAAUGGCAGCUUUAGCCUUCCUAUUUAAACUUAAGGGGUGGGAAGACAUAACAAAGAGGUUUGAGAUACGGCAGGCGGUGAUGGGAGUAAAGAAAAAAAGGAUAGGAAAGGAUAGCAGGAGGCCAGUGUCAGUGGAACUGCUCCAAGGGUUACAGGGGGUAUUGGUUAACAUCUGCAGAUCGAAAUACGAAGCAAAACUGUUCCAGGCGGCCUUCGCACUGGCAUUUUUCGGGGCCUUCAGAGUGGGAGAACUAGUGAGCCACAGUAAAAGCAAGCCAGGGGGACUGGAUAUUAAGGAAGUGGUGAUGGGAGAAGCGGGCAUCUGGGUAUGGUUGAGGAAGUCCAAGACAGACACGUGGGGAAAGGGCCGCCAAAUAGAGCUGGCAAGGCUGGAUGGGGGGGACAUUUGCCCCUGGGGAUGCCUGAGGAGGUACCUAGAGGUACGGCCCGGGUCUGCGGGCCCCUUGCUCGCUCAUGAGGAUGGACGGCCUUUGACGCGGUACCAAUUCACCACAAUAUUUAAAUUAAGCUUAGAGAGGCUAGGCAAAAACCCCAAGGACUAUGGCACACAUUCAUUCUGCAUAGGGGCCGCUACGGAAGCCGCAAGGGCGGGCCUGGCGGAAGACGUCAUACGUAAGAUAGGGAGAUGGGAGUCGAGACGGUUCCGCAGCUACAUAAGACCGUCACUACUGUAGAGGCAACAAGAAAGGGGAGAGGCUAUGUAAUAGUUUAAGUUGGUUCUAGAGAUUAUGUAACAGUAUAUGUUGGUUCUAGUUCUAUUAUCUUUCAAGGUCACGGGAAAGUGGUAUGGCUGGUCGGACACUCCUACAUUUACUGGGCAAGCCGAAGAGCAGCAGCCAGACGGGCUGGGAAGCAGUUGGGCUUUGCGGAAGGACAAACGAAGGUGAAGUGGUUUGGGUUCAGGGGUUUGAGAUGGCCAGAAUUGGUGAUCAGGGUGAAGGAGAUAGCGGCAACGGAGGCGCUACCGGAGGUGCUCGUGAUCCAUGCGGGAGGCAACGAUAUGGGCGUUGUGGCACAAAAGGAAUUGGUGAGAAUGAUGAAACAGGAUGUAGAUACACUGCGCUCCCAGUUGGCAGGGGUAAAAAUAGUGUGGUCGGAAUUGGUGGGUAGAUUACAUUGGAGGGGGGCCAGGAACCAGAUAGCGAUGGAAAGAAGCAGAGUGAAAGUGAAUAAGCUGAUGAGUGCGUAUGUCAGGCAUUGUGAGGGAAUAGUGGUCAGGCAUAGGGAACUGGAGGGUAGGUUGCCUGGCUAUUACCGCAUGGAUGGUGUGCACCUGUCGCCAGUUGGACUAGACAUCUUUAACUUGGGUCUGGCUGACGGGAUAGAAAAGGCCUUGCAGCUUUCGGUUGGGAGGGCGCGUUCGGAAUAAGGGCUUACUCCGGAACGCUAGUGGCGGAAGGUUAGGCCUGAGGCUAGGGCUUACAGCCAUAGGGCGGUGGUAAAUGGGGGUUUCUAACCUCAGGGAACUGUUUGCGGUGGGGGCAGUUACAGCUUCCACAAAGCAGCCUUCAGCGGCUUGUUGUUAUUAUGUUUUCAAAGAAUAAGUUAUGGUAUUUAAUUACAUUAAUAGGUUAUGGUUAAAUGGGGUUGUUUGGCAAAUUUGUUAUUGUUGUAAAUAAACGGGCUGCGGCCUUUUCUACCCAAAAUGGUGGUGUGUGUGCUUUC